GGCUCGCCGCAGGGUCGCGACCCUGGCCUCCGCCGCGCCGCCGCCCUCCCCUCCGCCGCCGCUACCUCCUCCCCGACGCCACCCCUCUCUCCUCCGCCCUGCCUCGCGAUCUCCUCCAGCCUCCGUCCCCUGCCUUCACCCCACCGCCGGCCCACCGUCGCUCGCCGCAGGCACUAGUACACGAGAAGAGCCACCUGCCAGCCAUGUCCACGCCGACGCGCCCGCUCGGUGCGCGCAAGACCACCAACAACAAGCCCUCGCCAUGGGCCCUGAACCAGAAGUCGGACCGCUUCGGCGGCCCCGGAUCGAUCUACAAGCCCGCCGCCGGCACCGGCAUCGAGCGCUCAUCGCCAGCGCCCACAAAGACGCCGGGCAAGGCGACCCCUGGGUCGCGCAACGCGCGCACGCCGUCGGGAGCCGGCCGCCCCACGCCCAACAUGGCCAGCAAGACGGACCGCUUCGCGAUGCCGGGCGGCGUGUACAAGCAGUCCGACUCGCCGGCGCCCUCGGCGUACGCGGCCAAGCCGCUCAAGCCGUCGGGCCCGACGGUCUCGCUCGUCCAGAAGAUGCAUCGGCGGCGGCAGUCGCGCGGCCUCUGGGCCGACGCCGUCGCCAAGGCCAGCGGCGACGGCCCGACGUACUACAACCCGUCGGCGCUCGCAAAGGCGUCGGUGCAGAAGGAGGUGUCUGCUCAGUACAAGGACGGACGCGGCCGCUUCGAGACGCACGACAGCGUGUACGCCGCGCCGGCGACGCCGGCGAUCGGGCAGUACGAGACGGCGGUGAACAUUGGCUCCUCCAAGUCGUCCACCGUCUCGUACGCAAGGGCGCGGCCCGGCCGCUUCGAGGCGCACGACACCAUCUACGCCAAGCCCGCCACGCCCGGCAUCGGCGAGUACGAGACCGCGGUGCAUAUGGCCUCCACAAAGUCGUCCACAGUCUCGUACGCCACGGCCAAGGAGGGCCGCUUCGAAGGGCGCGACACCAUCUACGCCAAGCCGGCCACGCCCGGCAUCGGCGAGUACGAGACCGCGGUGCCAUUCAACAUCGGCUCCUCCAAGUCGUCCACGAUCUCGUACGCAAAGGAGCCGCGGCGCCAGUCGCGCGGCAUCUGGGCCUCCAACGCCAAGCACGAGGGCAGCCUGCCGCCGGCUCUCAAGUACGCGGACGCCGCCCCCUCGGCGCUCGCAAAGGCAUCGCCGGCGAAGAUCGAGGCCUUCCCUUCCCCGCAGCAGCCGAUCGAGGCGGCGCCGGACAACGAGCCGCCAGUCGAGGCACCGCCCCUCGCGCCUGCGCCGGCCGACGACGGCGACGCAGAGUGCGACGCGAUGGCGGAGGGCGAGAGGCUGUUCGCGCGCCUCUCGCGCGUCUCCACCGCGCGCGUGUCGCGCAAUGACUACUACGAUGCCAAGCUCGGCUGGGACGAGGACCUCGAGAUCGAGCAUCAGGCCGCCGAGGAGGGCGUCGCACUGCCGUCCGAGCUCGACACGUUCCUGCGCGCCUUCGCGUUCGCGGCGCCCUCCGAGGCGGUGCGGCGCGAGGAGGCGUGGCGGCUGUGGGACCCGAACGGCAACGGCUACCUUUCGCUCGCCGAGGUCGACUUGGGCGUCAAGAUGACGCUGCAGUCCUUCCUCAAGGACGCGGGCGCGGGGGAGGCGGUGUGGCGCCGCUUCCGGCCGUCCUUCAUCCGCGCCUUCAACGACGCCAAGGACGCGGCGGCGGCCGCCUCGUCGCUGUCGGACGACUACGUGACCAAGGGCGAGUUCCGGCUGCUGCUGUCCUACCUCGGCUACUACGCGACGUGGUUCGAGGUGUUUGCGAUGGUGGACGGAUGCUCGGACGGCACCACCGCGACCGACGACCGCCGCAUCUCGCGCGAGGAGUGGGAGGAGGGCAUCGAGAAGGUGGUGGCGGCGGGGCUGUCGUGGGCGCCGUACGUGGCGCUGCGCUCGGCGACCCCCGCCAGCUUCGACGAGAUGGACUCGAACGGCGGCGGCUACGUGCUGCUGAUCGAGUUUUGCGCGUGGCUCAAGGCGGCCGAGGUGGAGGCGGCGACGCCCGCCGGCCUCGCCCUCGCCGCGGGCGACGAGCAGCUCGCCCCCGCCGCACCCGCCCCGAAGCCGGCUGUGCCGGCGGCCAAGGAGGCGGCCAAGGAGGCGAAGCCAGCCGUCCCCGAGCUCGACACGUUCCUGCGCGCCUUCGCGUUCGCGGCGCCCUCCGAGGCGGUGCGGCGCGAGGAGGCGUGGCGGCUGUGGGACCCGAACGGCAACGGCUACCUCUCGCUCGCCGAGGUCGACUUGGGCGUCAAGAUGACGCUGCAGUCCUUCCUCAAGGACGCGGGCGCGGGGGAGGCGGUGUGGCGCCGCUUCCGGCCGUCCUUCAUCCGCGCCUUCAACGACGCCAAGGACGCGGCGGCGGCCGCCUCGUCGCUGUCGGACGACUACGUGACCAAGGGCGAGUUCCGGCUGCUGCUGUCCUACCUCGGCUACUACGCGACGUGGUUCGAGGUGUUUGCGAUGGUGGACGGAUGCUCGGACGGCACCACCGCGACCGACGACCGCCGCAUCUCGCGCGAGGAGUGGGAGGAGGGCAUCGAGAAGGUGGUGGCGGCGGGGCUGUCGUGGGCGCCGUACGUGGCGCUGCGCUCGGCGACCUCGGCCAGCUUCGACGAGAUGGACUCGAACGGCGGCGGCUACGUGCUGCUGAUCGAGUUUUGCGCGUGGCUCAAGGCGGCCGAGGUGGAGGCGGCGACGCCCGCCGGCCUCGCCCUCGCCGCGGGCGGCGAUGCCACCCGGUGAUUACGUCUAGGGAGACUUACCGGCAGUGAGGGCUCUGCAGUCUGUGACUGCUCCAGGUGCUUGCUGUGUGUCUCCGUCCUGCUGCUCCGGCGUCCGGGAGGGUGCAUCAGACGCGCGCUCUCUGUGGCUCGGGGCGUUGCAGCCGGUCAAGUGUGACUCGUGCUGUGGUGUUGUGAGCGUGGUGGGAGAGACUGUCCGGGGGCGGGGCGGGCGGGCGCCUGCCGCCGAUAUGCGCGAUAUUGCGCAGUGUGUGGCGCGUGCAUGCCCAUCCGACUUCCGAGCCCAUAAAUAAAUAAA